AUGGAUUUGACAGGCGUACCUACCCCCAAGAUGGACUGGGAAGCGUCGAACUUACCAGAGCAGUGGAAAAAAUUCCGCACACACGUGGAUCUCAUAUUCAAAGGACCGCUAGAGGAGAAAAGCGAAGAGAUCAAGGUUACUUAUUUACUGUUAUGGGUUGGCGACAAAGGUCGCGAGAUAUACAACACCUGGACAGGUAUGACGAACGAUGAAAAGAAGAAACUUGAACCCCAUUACAAACGCUAUUUGGCGCACGUGCAACCCAAGUUGAACCCUAUAUUUGCGCGCUUCAAGUUUAAUAACGAGAAUCAAGGAGCAUCAACAAUAGAACAGUUUGUCACUCGCUUACGAGUACUUGCAGAGGACUGCAAUUACGGAAACAGUAAGGACGAGAUGAUUCGGGAUAGGAUCGUUUUCGGGACAUCGUCACAGAAGGUGAGGGAAAAGCUCAUUGCAGAAGGUGAGAAAUUGACAUUAGAAAAGGCAAUACAGAUAGCUCAGUCACACGAGUAUUCUCAAGAACAGUUGAAGACCAUGUCGGGCCAAGAGGUCCAUGCAGUCAGCCAUUCUCACAACCAGAACACUAGGAAGGCAGGUCGAAGCAGCCCAUCUCAAAAUGCCGCCAAAGAUACAGAGCGAAGAAGACCCCCGCAGGCCAGACCAAAGCACCACCACAAGACGAAGACACAAGAGUGCGACCGGUGUGGGUAUGAUCAUUCUACAAGUGCUAAAUGCCCUGCGAAGGGUAAACAGUGUAAGAGUUGUAAUAGAUGGGACCAUUUUGCUAAGAAAUGUUUUAGUAAAACUGUUGCAUGUCAUGAAUUACAGACCUUGCCAGAGCAAUCAGAUUCAGAACCAGAAUUUUUCAUAGAUAUUAUUGAGACAAAUCACAACCAUGACCAAGCAUUUUGUAAUCUCUUUUUGGGUUCAGACAAUACACCUAUCAAAUUUAAGUUAGAUACAGGUUCACAGGUUAACAUAAUACCCAGACAUGUCCUCAUUUCAUUAGGCUUGUCCCAUAUGAGCGACCUGAAGCAAACUGAUCAAAAGUUGUCUGCCUACAAUGGUAACCCCCUACGUUCCCUUGGUUGUUUUGAGCUCAAUUGUACUUACAAAGGUCAGUCACGGAGUCUAACAUUUCAUGUUGUUGAGACAACUUCCCCUCCCAUAUUAGGGAUGAGAGCAUGUUUAGAUUUUGGUCUCAUAAAACUUGUUUAUUCUUGCAACUUGGAUACAACCCAAGACAAAAGUGAACCACUGGUUGCAAGUCAGGUUAUGUUAGAGUUCUCAGAGGUCUUUGAGGGUAUUGGUCUUUUCCAAGGGGAGUGCUCCAUACACACAGACCCUGCCGUGCACCCGACGGUACACCCACCCCGUAGAGUACCCCUUACCCUUCAAGACAAAUUAAAAAAAGAACUAGAGAGAAUGGAAUCUCUUAACAUUAUACAAAAGGUCACUCAGCCCACUCAAUGGGUGAGUUCACUAGUAGUCGUCGAAAAGCCCAAUGGCAAACUACGGGUUUGUCUUGACCCGAAAGAUUUGAAUAGAGCAAUACUUAGACCCCAUUACCCAAUGAAAACCCUUGAGGAUGUCCUACCCCAACUGUCAAAAGCUAGAUUCUUUACUAAGUUAGAUGCUAGGAGUGGGUAUUGGACUAUCAAGUUAUCAGAGGCAUCUUCUUACCUCACAACAUUUAACACGCCAUUUGGUCGUUAUAGGUAUCUUAGACUCCCUUUUGGACUCAAGUCGUCACAAGACGAGUUUCAGAGAAAGAUUGAUGAAUGCUAUGAAGGUCUUGACGGUGUCGUAGCUCUAGUCGAUGAUUUACUUGUAUUUGGUCAAACUAGGGAAGAGCACGACAGGAACUUGCGUAAAGUUCUCAUAAGGUCAAAAGAGAGAGGUGUUAAACUAAACAAAGACAAAUUAGAGGUAGGAGUCACAAAGGUGAAGUAUUUUGGUCAUUUACUAACCUCAGAGGGUGUGGGUCCAGAUCCUGAUAAAGUCUCUGCUGUGCGAGAGAUGAAACCCCCCAAAGAUAAAUCUGAAUUAGAGACCUUCCUAGGUAUGGUGACUUACUUAGCAAAGUUUGCACCUAACUUGUCCGAAAUAACUAGUCCCCUUAGGAAUCUACUUGCAAAGGACGUAUUAUUUCAAUGGGAUAGUGCCCAAAGCAAAGCUUUUGACAAAGUUAAAAACCUAAUCACUUCUAGUCCAAGUCCAGUGUUAGCAUAUUUUGACCCCCGUAAGGUCACCACACUACAGUGUGAUGCAUCGAAGUAUGGUCUUGGCGCUGCCUUGAUGCAGGAAGGCAAGCCUGUAGCAUCUAAGAGUCUCACACAAAGUGAAGUGCAAUAUGCCCAGAUAGAAAAGGAGAUGUUUGCGAUCCUCUUUGGUUGCAAACGUUUCCAUCAAUAUAUCUAUGGUCGAAAGGUCAAAGUUGAAACAGACCACAAGCCGUUAGUACCUAUCUUUAAGAAAGCACUAUUUGCAGCCCCACCUAGACUUCAGAGAAUGUUGUUACAAUUACAGAACUAUGAUCUUGAAGUGGACUAUAUCCCGGGUAAGCAAAUCCCUGUUGCUGACUCAUUGUCACGCAAUUUUGUAGAUGACACAUUCCCAGGUCUUUCUAAAGAUAUGGAAGCCCAAGUACACUCUGUACUGGCUAACCUCCCUAUCAGUGAUAGAAAACUUAAAGAGAUAGAGACAGAGUCAGACAAUGAUAAACAAUUUCAGUUGCUUAAACACACCAUACUUAAUGGUUGGCCUGAAUGCCGUAGAGACUGCCCCCCUCAAAUUAUAGAAUUCUGGAACCACAGGGACGAACUUUGCGUCACUAAUGGUAUCUUGCUUAAAGGUACAAAAGUGUUGAUUCCCCGCUCUCUUAGAGCUAAAAUUCUAGAGUGCAUUCACAUAGGUCAUAUGGGUAUUGAGAAAUCACUACAGAGGGCACGCACAUCAGUAUUCUGGCCCAAAAUUUCAUCAGAUAUCACAGAGUUAGUGUCAAAUUGCAAUGUCUGUUUAAAACACAGGUACUCAAACCCCAAGCAACCCCUCCAACCACACCCAGUACCUGAUUACCCCUGGCAAGUUGUCGCCACAGACUUGUUUUUGUGGGACAACAAGGAUUUUCUGAUUGUCACUGAUUACUAUAGUCGACACUUUGAGGUCAUCCAGCUUCGAGACACAAAGAGCAAAACAAUAAUUCAGAAGCUUAAAAGUAUUUUUGCUAGGUUAGGUAUUCCCCAAAAGGUAGUGUCAGAUAAUGGCCCUCAAUAUUCCUCUCAGGAAUUUGCAAAUUUUUCUAAAGAGUAUGACUUUAUUCAUGCAACUUCCUCCCCACGAUACCCUCGGUCGAAUGGUUUAGCUGAAAAAUCAGUGCAAAUUGCGAAGAGAAUAUUCGAAAAGGCCGAGCUUGAUGGCCGUGAUCCAUACUUGGGUAUUCUCGAAUACCGAACUACGCCCUUAGAAGUUGGUUAUUCCCCGGCGGAACUCCUCCAAGGUAGACAACUACGUUCAAUUUUACCAACUCUAAAUGAGCAACUUCUCCCCAAGGUUAUCGAUCAUGAGAAGGUCAAGGUCAUGCUACACAAAAACCAUGAAAACCAAAAGCAGAACUAUGACAAACAAUCUAAACCACUCGCCCCUCUUGAAAUAGGAGAUAGUGUUAGAUUUCAGCAGGACGACAAAUCCUGGAAGCCAGCUACUGUGCUUUCCAAGGUUGCUGACAGGUCAUAUGUUGUCAAUGCCCCAAACGGUGGUAUUUACCGUAGGAAUAGGCGCCAUCUCAUGAAAACAAAUGAGCAAACUUACACAUUUGAUCCUAACCUACCCAUUCUAGCUGAAGCCCAAACAGAUGACUCGGAGUUAAGUCCCAUUUCCCCCUCCAAAUCCAAAUUACCCCCAUCCUCUCCAUCCAAACCCAAUUUUGAAAAUAUGUCAACAUUUCAAACCAGUAACAAACCCUAUAUUACACGCUCAGGCAGAGUCUGUAUUCCAAAAAUAAAGCCGUCUAUGUAA